AUGACGGGGCAGCUCCGAUCAGCCUCCCGUUGGGUCUGCCCUCUCCUCCCCCUUCAACCUCUCCUCCUACUACUACUCGCCGCUUCUCUCCCGCCCGCCACCAGCAUUUGCGAAGACGGCGUCACAACAGGUCUGGGCGGUCGUGGCUCCAGCACCUACAACACCAUAACCUAUUGCCCCCUCAACAUCUCGUCCGGGGCCGACGCCAACAUAUUCCCCGUCAACAAAACCUGCACCAAUGGCGCAAUCCCCGACUGGUCGUUCCAGCUGAUUGACGUCACCCCGGGGACGCCCUCCAAGUACACGUGGGGCUACAUUUACCAUGACAAAUACCUCAUGAUUGGGGAGGACGUGUUGGGCGUAUCGCCCGCUUACGCCUGGGUCGACGCUGACGUCAGCAUCCAGCUGGCGCACAUUGCGAUCCACUGCUCCACAUGGUUGAGUGGGCAGCCGCCCUGCUUGGCCAAUGUCGCUCUCGUAUUGGCGUGUCCGCUCGUGUCGGCUCCGGGUUCCACAUACGGUCCGACUGCGCCGUCCGACGAGCCCGAAUGGACGUGCGCAAAGUACCCCGAGCAAUGCAAGGCUCUCGGAAUCCCGAACGCCCCCCCUCCUCCGGCCCCUACCCCCCCAGCUUCUUUGUCCCCCCCUUCGAAUACCGAUACCCCUUCAGACUCGGGCUCAGACGACGGCAGCACCGACUCAACGGUUUUCCCUCCUCCUCCUCCGGGGGGUGGCGUCAGCACUUACUUCAACUACACGAAGCAGUUGGGGGGCCAGAGCGCCACCACCUCAGGGGGGUCCAGCUCAAAAAGCAAGAAGAUCAGCGUCUGGAUCAUCGUCGGCGCGGUGAUCGGGGGCUUGCUCGUGUUGAUUAUCAUUGAGGAAGUUGUGCGGAACGCAAGGAACAAGCGGCUAGAGAAGAAGCGGAUCGCUGCGGAGGAGGUGGUCGCAGCGCAGGCGGUUGUGGCGCCCCCGGUGCCGCCGUCAGGGGGACAAGCGGCGGCCGGGGCGAAACCGUCGGGGCUGCGGUCUCGCAUCAACAUUCUCUCGCAGGCCGAAUAA